AUGGUGUUAGAAGGCCAAAUCGCGAAAGCGUUGAACCGCGCGCUCGGCGACCGCUUGCACGGUUUAGACAAGUCGAAUUUGAAACUGUCUUUACUGAAUGGAGAAGUCACGCUGAAAAACGUGCGAGUGAAAUCAACCGCUUUGAAAGGGAUAUCGUCGAUUAACUCGAACGUGAAAGUGAAAGCGGGAUACGUCGGGGAGUUGAAGAUUAAGAUUCCGUGGAGAGAGUUAGGGAGGAAACCAGUGGAGGUUAUAUUUGAUCGGUUGCACGUGUUGUGCGAAUUUCGAGGAGAAGGUGAUGGUGAUGACUCCGAGGACGACGAGAGCGGACAAAAGGAAAUGUCCGAAAACGAACGAAAUAAGAUGAAACGAGCGUUAGAGGAGAAGAAAGAGAAGAAGAGGAAGCAGGUGAACGCGAAGAAACGGAGAAUUGCGGAGAGUUUGGAACGGAGUUGGUUGAGAGGAGAUCCGACGCCGGGCGCGGAGGAGUUGAGACAAAAGUUUUGGGGCGAUAUCACGAAAGAAGAGAAAGAAGAGGAAGAAGAGGAAGAGGACGAUGAUGACGACGAUGACAACGACGACGUCUCGUCUGUUUCAUCUUUUGAUGAGAGCGAGGACGACGUGGAAGGAGAAGAAGAAUCCGCGAACGCUUCGAAACGACGACUGUUCUCUUCGCCGGAUACCAGACGACGCGAGGAAAUGUUCGCGACGCCAGAAUAUCAACCUCCGUUGCAAACUCCAGAAAAUGAUACCGAUGUGAUGUCAUCUACUAGGAAGAGAAAGGAAGGUAAUCGAGGUAGUACUCGGAAAAAAAGCAAGAGUAAGAAGAAGAAACCGGUCGGUUUCGGAGCGCUCUUGGACGUUGUUCUCGCAAACGCCGUAGUCACUGUGAAAAAUAUACACUUUCGCUUCGAAGGAGAAGGAGACGAGAAUAUGCCGAAAUUUGCCGUCGGAGCUUCGCUUGAAAGCAUCGCUUUAGAAACGACUAAUGUUCUCGGUGAUUCGAGAGCAUUUAUCGUCGAUGCGUUUAAGGAAACGCUGCGUAAAAAACUCGAAAUUAACAACGCCGUGGUGUAUUGCGAUUUGAACUCUGUGCAUCUUCUCGAGAAAGUCAAGAACCGAGAUUUGAAACCGCACGAAGACCCGAUCCGAUUUUGCAAGAUUAUGGAAGCGUGCGCAAAGUCAAAGAAUCGAAAUCGUAUCAUCGAGCCAUUCGUAGUAACUGCAAGGUACGAACGAGCUGGUAUGGAAGCCAUCGAAUCCGGGACGGCUUCUGCAUUGCACGGGUUAACUCUGAAUAUUCCAAAAACCAGCGCGAAUGUUUCUGCUGGUGCCGCAAGUUUGGCAUAUUGGGCGACGCAAAUAUUGAAAAAAAGCGUGCACGAUAGACGGUUUGAACACUUACGACCGGGCGUUCCAGUCUUCGAUGGAUCAGAAAAAGUAGAAGAGAAAUCACCCGCGGGAACAAAAACGAGGAGAACGAAUAAAAACGCUCAAUCUUGGUGGCAAUAUGCGUGCGAAGCGGUCAAAGAGGAAACUCGAGAACGGAGAGAACGACUCGGAUUGGGCUUUAGCCUCGACUCGAAAGCUCUUAAAACUCUGCACGAACAAAGGAAAGCAUAUGUUAAAGUUUACAUAGACGAGAUUCUCCAAAAGUCUGCGCCGCCACCGCCGUCUUCGAAGCAAAACGUCAACUGGCCGAUGAAGAAACCUUUUGGAAAGAUACGUAAACUCGAUGAGCUUGAAAGUGAGAUUCCAAACGCUCGCAUGAUUGCUUUUUUUAGACAGCUCGCACACGUAGAGUGGAGGAAAAAUGGAGGCUGCGAACGCGCGUUUCGCCGCGAAGCUGCCCGACGCGGCGGCGGGCCAAUACCUAUGAAGAUUGUGAAGGGUGUUGCUGGCGUCGCGGGUAAAGGUUUACUUGUGGGAGUAAAAGUUAUCAAGAAUGUAGGGUUUAAACCUCUCGGCGCCGCGAAACGGUUCAUUACGAACAUCGGGAAGAACCAGCAGGAGAGAGAUGAAUUGGAUGCGAUCAAAAAGCGCGAAAUCGAAGAAGCUCGAAUUCGCGCAGAAGAAGACGAAGAGAAUCUGAAGAGACAAAUCAGGCAAAUUCGAAAGAAGAACGCUGCGACGCCGGUCAAACAUCUCUUCGCAACACCGAGUCGUCCGCCGAGAAACGCUCCGAGCGAGUUCGAUAAUCGCGAUGCUGCUAUUUCAGACGAUGAGUCGCAAAUCGACUGGGAUGAAGUUGGAGACACUUUUGAUAUUAAAGAGAGACAAGAAUAUGCAGAGAUCCAGAAGCGCGAGAUGCAAAGUGUUGAGAAGAAGAGUAAGAUUCCAAUGUUUGCUACGUGCAUCGCUUUUGAAGAAAUUUCGAUGAAAAUUCUCGACGCUUCUUCGAACGAGCGCAAUGACCACGACGAUGCUUUCUCGGAUAGCUUAGCACCGUCUUCGUCUACUUCUUUUUCGUCUUUUGCUGAAAUACCAAUCAAAGAAUCUGAAUUGUUCAGCGUGUCGAUCAAUAAUUUCGUGAUAGGAGCAAAAAUGAUGGGGAUAUCUUUCGUGAAAGAUGCGAUAGACGUUCGGUCGACUAUAGAUACUAUUCGUUUCUCUGCGCCGGAGGGCGAUUUACUGGCGCUCGGUGAAGAUGAAACAGAUUAUUAUUCAUCGUAUUCGACUCAUGGCAUGGGUAUGUCGCUCCCAAUAAUGCUCGCUAAAUUAUUUAACGCAGAUUUGAACGAUGCAGAAGAUACUAUCUCGAAUGGUCGCCCAAGAUGCUUUAGCGGGAGUCCUGUAUCUAAAGCUGUAUCUUUCGCGGCUUCGAAAAAACGCAAGAUAACGAACAAAAAUACCGAGCUAUCCAUCUCGCUGGAAACCGAUAGUGCGACUAUUGCUGGUUCUUCACUCGCCACCAAGAAAUGCGACUUAAAUACAGAAGUAGAAAAGGCAGUUGGUUACUGUGCUCUGAUCUUAUCACCUAUGUUCAUCACAAUUCUUCGCGGACCAAUUGACCGCAUUGUCGACGUUUUCACGAGGCGCAUGAAGGGUAGUUGUAUGCAAUCUCGUUUCAAUACUUCUGCGCAAAUCACUCCUGAACUGGACGUCAUUCCACGCGGAUCUAUCGAAGCGGGUUCUGGAGUUUCAUCCUCUGGUGAUUUGAGCUUACCAAAGAUUGGAUUAGCAGUAUUCGUCGGAAAAGUUCAUCUGGCGGUUCCAUCCCAGCGUAAAAAUAGGAGGAAGAAAGGAACAACCCUAAUUGCAAGGUUUGGUCCUCUUACAGCGCGAACACUUAAAAGCGCCCAGAAUGCACACGUUCAGGAACAAGAUGCGAAUGCGCGCAGUAGUUGGCGAAAGAGAACGAUUGAAGGUAAGCUUUUGGACUGUUCUAUUGGGUUUGCGGACAAUUUUGCAUGGACCUGUAACCAGUCGUGGCAGCUUCUCAGUGAAGCUGGAGAAAGUAAUAGAGUCGAGACUCCUCUAUUAUCUCGCGUUCAGUGUACAAUCCUCGCAUCACAUUACGUGUUAUCUCCUCGAGAGGCGUUGAAGUAUUCCCCGGUCGUCGUUGACGUCAAUCUGCCAUCUAUUCAAUUAUCUGUGUCGCCAGAACGAAUAAACAUGGCCUUGCGCGUGGCCACACAGUUCACGGAAUCGGCCAAGAAAGUUGCAGAUGAGGCAAAGAGAAUCAAAGAACAGAAGAAACAACGCAACGACAUCGCGUCUUCGCAAUCUGAUAAAAUCUUAAAGAGUGGCGACGACGACGACGAGAAGAAAAUUACCUUUUCUUCGAGUUUACCUUCUUCUUUUUCGUCAGGGCGCAAGGAUACCGAUGAUAUUUUCGCUCGAGAUAUUGAUGUUUUCAACUGCGAACGACUCGUGCCGGCUGAUUUGUUUGGAGAAUUACCAUACUGGGAGUCGUGCGAUGUCUUUGUUCGAGAGGGAACGUUGUCUGUCGUUGAUAAACCAGCAGGUUCCGUUCAUCACUUAGAACCGAGAGUCCUAAAAUUGGCCGGAACGCGAGGAGCCGGAAACCCGUUGACGCGCACUCAAGAAAAAGUUGAAGUUUGUGUUCUCUCGAUCGACGAAAAAAGGAAAACAAUAAAAGUAAAAUUACAUGUAUCAACCGAUAGCGACGAGAUUCUCAGGAAGAUGAACGACAAAGACGAUGCAAACAGAGAAUACUCGGAAUAUGACCGUACUUUAAUCGUUGGCGACGCUUUACUGGAUCGUUCCAUCGAGUCAAACUUUGAAAGGAUGUGCGAACAUCCAAAUGGUUUUGUCUUCAGAUUUUGGUCGAAAGAUAUCUGCGACGUUAUAAAAAGUAGAUUGAACAUGGAAGCGAGGUUAUUGCCGUUCCAUGAAGAAGUCAGGCGAGUUCUAAAAGUUGACGAGCAUAAAACGAAGAAAGCUUCCGUUACGUUCUCGAUGGGUUUGUUUGGAUUUCACCUAGCUGCUCCUUUGAGACAUCACAAUCAUGAGACUGAUUUAUACGUCAAUGACAUGUCGAAAAGUUAUUUUAUUGAUCAGCUGGCUGAUGAUGAAAAGAUUAAGUACGUCGUUGACUGCUUCCAAGAGCGACCGUUGGCGAAUGUCAAAAUUACUGGACUAACGCUGAGUUGUGAAGCCACAAAAGGUAGCGUGACAUUGGGCGCCGGUCUCCGAAGAGUUGCAAUUAAGGACUGCUGGACUAUCGAAGGCAUUGGCAAGGAUCAUGAUGCGGUAUUCAUAGAAAAACCUCUAAGAGAUGAACUUUCAACCAAGUAUCUCAGGUACAAAACUGAUGCUAUGAAGAAGUCCUGCGUCGGUUUCAGCCUCGAGGCGUUUUUACCUUCGCAUCCUGAAUAUGGAACACAGGCUGCUGAUUUACGAAUGGCUGUCAGUUCAAUCGAAACACACAUUGCUAGAGAACCAAUUGCGGCGUUCACCAGCUUCCGGUUCCUUUUUAAAAGCCCUGUGUCAUUUGGAAAGGGGUGGCCCUCGAGAUAUGACGACUCCGUCUUUGCACCUUCCCGUGAAGAAUGGGAAAGUAUGAGACAAAAGCUGCAAAAAGUGAAGAUCAUGGAUGCGAGUAAACUCGCACACAAGAUUAAGCUCAAUUUCACAUUUCAUGGUGAUUCGUUGGUCGCUAAACUUUACGACUAUCCGAAGAAAUCGGUAUUGGCUGCUGAUACUCGACGACAACCAAUAUUAGAGGCGACGGUGUCUAAUUUCCAUUCUCGUCUGUAUAUUCGCGCUAAACCAGUUGGUAAGCAAGGAUGGGGCGGAGGCAAACAAGGCACGAAAGAUUUGGAAAUUUCGUGCGAUAAUUUGACGCUAUCUGACCCCACAUUACCUGUUGGUCACGCUAAUCGCGAUCUGAUCGCGAAGGACAACGCUGCAAGCGACUUCUUGACAUUUUUCUUGGAGGAGGAGAAAUCAGCGCGUAAGAAAAUUCGUAACAUUCCGUUUCUGUGGAUACGCCGUCAAACAUGGCUGCCUCAUGAGCAUGAGGAUGACAUCGAUAUUGAACUCGAGGCAAAAGUUGCUCCUCUUCGAGUGCUUGCAAAUCAAAAUUGCAUCAUUAACAUUGCAAAUUGCUUGUUGCCAAUUUUCAAGACUUUAUCGCCGCCACACUUUCUACCAAACUUGCCACCAUUCGUUUUCCCGCGUCCUGGCUUCGUGACGAAGAAAGUUAAGAUUACGGCUAAUGUAAUGGGUUCUCGCGUGGUUUUACCGGGUAGUGUUCGAGAUGAGAUUGCGCCAUCGCUUUCUCUCUGCGUCGGUGUUGUUGAUAAAAAUGCGAGCGAGUCGUUCAAAGGAAUUGAUGUCUCUACAUCAUUCACGAUUGAUGCAAAUCGAGCGCAUUGGGCCAAGUUUGACAUCUUUAUACACGGAUUAUCGGUUGCGUGUAAAGGGGAUUCGACGCUCAAAGCAAAGAAGAACCGUUCAUCUGCAUUACUUCGUGCCUCUGGUCCACACAUCAAAAGGUCCGACGCCCCGGUGGCUUUAAAAGCAACGUGCUGGAAUCGAUUAGAUGCUCGAAGACAAUUAUCAAACGCUCCGAGCGUGGAUAUAAAUGUUCAGUUGCCGGCAAAUGAUGUUCUCACAGUUGAGAUUUCGGCUUCUGAUGUGGAAACUUUGAAUUCAGUUAUCAAAGGAUACACGCAGACAUCGACGAUGACCUAUACGCAAUCCCCAUUUGCUUACUGCUAUCUGACUCCAGCUAAGUAUCCAUUGGCACCGCCUCUACCGAAGAAGGAUUUUUUGAUACAUCAGUGUUUCCAGGCGCGAAUUGACCACAUUCAACUUGGCAUCUUUGCCGGGAAGGGAAGAGCCUCACAGGUUGUUGAGGCUGGAAUUCGAGGCAUUUCGUUUGCAAACGUGUCAAAUCCACGAAAUGAAUUACGAAGUGAAUUGGCAGUUGGAAUAGAGGGUUUAUACGCGAGAGAUUGCAGAUUUAAGGGCUAUAAGAUUGAUCUGAUACGAGCAGGGUUUUGUGAUGAAGCUGUUGUGAACACGCAAGACAAGAACUCUUCGAAUGAAGUAAAAGCCUCUGCGGAAGGCGUUGAGGAACUUCAAAUCGUUGAAGAGCAGGAAGAUGAGUAUUUACAGUCUAUGUUCUUGAGCCUGGAACAAGUCACAACAAACGAUAUAUCUGAGGUCAGCUGUCAGUGUGGUCGCGUAGCAGUGAUAGCAUCCGUGGAUUCCUUACUGGAAGCUGCGCGAAUCUUUCAGCCAAAACUCGGCGCUGGCGAAAAUAUACUCCCACAAGAUAUAUUGUUUACGGAAGAAAGGAAAGUGUUCAAAUUAAGAGAAAAUAUGACAUUAAGUCGCACCAGGAGAGUCUUAGCGGAUUUUCCAACUUCUAGUAGUGGUGCGCAGGAAUAUGUUCUGGAUGGUUGCGAACAAACCAUUAAUCUUGAUUAUUCCGAUACAAUUUACUUGGAACACAAUCUGUCGAAAAAAGAUAAAACGAAGAAAGAGGGCGACAGUGGGAAAAACUCUAAAUCUGGCGAUCGAGCUGUGCAUUUAGCUGAAAGAGAGCUUCAAUUCGCGCCUCGCAUCAUAAUUGGUCCGAAUCAUAGACUAGUAAUUAAAAAUUGUCGCAUCGUGUGUCCCGACAAGGAAACGUUUGACUUGUGUAUUCGCAUGGCGUCAGGAGGUUCAUAUUUCGUUGAUCCUGAAUCAGUUCAGUUCUUAAGUCGUCAAGAGAUGAUGCUCGAGAAAAAGAAAAUAGUUCGCAGACAACGUACUCUCGGAAAUGGGGAUGGGGAUUCAUUUUCAGAGCAAGGCGUCGAAGAAUUCCGCGAUUCUCGUUUAACUGAAAUAGAGAUGAAGUACUUGAUGAAUUCCUGGCGUGGAAGGGUUAAAACCGUCGUUGCAGUGCUCCGAGAAUUACGUAAUAAGCCGGGUUACUCCAUCUCUGCAAACAAACGCAUCGAAGGAGCUAGGGCAGUGAUUGGGCUCAAAGGAAAGGAUAAACUAGGCGAUGCUCUUUUAGAAGUGCAGAAAGAAGCUAUUUUAAAAGUCGUUGAUAAACAGAGAAAGAAAUCUGCUUUGAAAUGCGUUCUGAAGUUGCACUCGAUCGAUGUGGCAGUUUUCCCUUCCCGCGACCCAGAUGAAGGGUUGUGCGCAUCUUUCAGCGUGCACUCAAAAAUUAACAUUAUUGGGAGCAGCGUAGAAAGCUCGUUUGAACUUGAGCACAUGUGUGUCUCGUUCCCGGACAGUGCGAGGUUGAAUCCAUUAGUUGAACCUUGCAAAAUCACGGCAACAUUAGACAGUGAUGAGUGCUAUAAUGAGACUGAGGGGAGCGACAACUCGCUUGAACCUUCCGCGCCAAGAAGAGAAACAUCCAUUGAUGUCAUGAUAUCGCCCAUCGGGGUCGAGGUUUCCCCAGCCGCAGCAGGUCGAGUGAUUCGACUGGCGCAACGCGUUUCUUCCAUCGUAGCAACGCAGCCGUUGUUACCAUGUAAUCAUUUUGCACUUGUCUAUUCGUCAUUCGAGGGUUCGGGAUACGAUGCCGACUUUGGAGCGUCGGCAGCUGAUUUCUUCAGUACUGGUGAAUUAAUCCCACAAGAGAAUGCUCUAGCUGUUGCAGCGACGGGCGCAAGGAGCACAUCAUUUUCCUUCUGGCGUCCGCGGCCAGUUAUGGGAUACUGCUCACUGGGAGAUGUUCCUAACUUUGGCCCCGAUUCGCCUACACGAUCGGCAACAUCUAUUCGCGACUCGAUGACCUACUGUUCACCGCCAAGUGGAUUCAAGCGUAUAAAUCCGUCCAAAAAGUCUGAUGCAUCUUCUCGCUCUAAUUUGGUGCUCUGGCAACCGGUUCCUAGAAAAGGUUACAGGGCGCUUGGUUUAAUUGCGGCUUAUGAAGAAGACGGAGAGCCAGAUCCAAGCUGCGUGCGUUGCGUCAGAGAAAGUUUGCUGUGUGAAUCUACGGGAUCACUUUCAAGAUUGUUUUCCAUGUCUGACGAAGAGAGUAAUAAACCUGAUGACCGCAGGAGUGAAGUACAUAAUGCGCAGCGUCGUGGUCAGAGUAAAGUUUUGAAUGUAGAUGAUGAUAAAUCUGUGCAUAAGCGCGAUAUUUGGGGUAACUCAAGGAGUGGCAAUCUGGUCCACGUUUGGGCUGUGGACUCCCCGACUGGGAUACACAUGGUGAGUUCAGCAGGCAAAUCAUCAGCAUCGAACGCACUGAUAGACCCACCUAUAUCUUUUGUUGAUAUUCGCACGCCACUCGGGCUCGCUAUUGAAACCUUGGAGAACAUUCAAGCCCGAAAACUUGAAAACAAACGCCGUCGCCGUCUCUUAAAGAAAGAAAUUGCCCACGAUAACGCAAUAACUCUAGAAGAUGAAGAUUACGAAGGCAACAUCGCGGAUAUCAAACUAUGCGUAGUUACAGCGGUAGAAUUUGAAAAGGUGUGGAACGCUGGGGAGAUGUUGACAGGGUUCAGACCGCUGCCUCCGCCUGGUUUUGCAUCGCUUGGAGAUGUUGUAGUCGAUGGCGUGGCGCAUCCAUCCAUGACGCGUUGUGUGGAGGACCUCGAAUAUGUUUGUGUGAAACCAAUUGAUUUCGAACUGGUUUUCCAGAGUUCGAAAAAGCAGCUUCAAGCUGCCUUUUGGCGACCAGUUUCUCCAUCAGAAGAUUACGUCAGUUGCGGAUUAGUGAGUACUUCAUCAGCUAAUGUAAAACCAUCUCUGGAUUCGGUCCGGUGUCUGAGUAGAACCCAUUGCGGAGCGGUAGCACCUAUGGAUGUCACGUUAUUAACGAAAGAAUCUUCACUUCUUAUCAUUCAUGGUGGUAAGUCUAGUACAAGCGAAAUGUGCAUGUGGCGUGUACCUGGUGGUUUUGGUACUUUCUGUAUAUCCAAAGCCGACAUGCCGAAUGAUAUUUACAAAGGUCCCACGCUUUUUGUACUACCGUCGAUCUCAUCUUUAGAUUUUUCCGACGAAGGAUCCAGGAUUACUUCUUUUGCGUACGAAAAACCAAAGCCAAUUGUCAAGAUUUCGGCGUCGGUAGGUCUCGUAACCGUAACCGUUGCUGCGCCGCAGAGGAUUGUCGCGAAUGAUGCAGAUGCAAAGGAGGAUACACCGAUGGACGUCGGAGACGAUUCUUCGUACAGAGAGAGCGCUGGUAUUAUGCAUCAAAAUGUUCCAGUGUUUGCAUUAUCACUCAUGAGAACCGAAAUCGUGACUAACGUUGUAGUCGGCGACGUUGCUUCCGUUGGUAUUGAUGCAUCGUUAGGCGCUGCGCACUUAAAUUGGCGCAAGUACGCGUGGGAACCACUCGUAUCUCCGCAAUGGGUAUUUGGUGCAAAUCUUGUUCCAAUCAAACACGGAGAACGUUGCUUCAGUACUGGAAACUAUGCUUCGAUACAAGCUACAAAAUUAUGUAUUACUUUGACCACAGAUUUUGCUCUUGACAUGGUUUCAAUCGCACUGGAGACGAAGAAAGAAAUCAUGAGGAAGAGAGAUAAUUUUGAUACGGACGCUGAAGGGGAGAUUCAACUCGAUCACCAAUCGUCCAUUGCCUACCCCGAUAACGAUGGAUUUUCUCCAGCUACUUCUCAUGUAGUGAGUGAACUCGAAGUAGCGACGAAAGAGCUUUUUCCAGAUCGAAGUUCUGCGCUUUCUGAAUCUUGGAAAGAGAAGCGGAUGUUAAUCAAACAUGCGCAAAAACGCAGUAAAUCCAGGGACUCUGUUCUUCGCUGCUUCUCUAAUACGGGCUUGACUACGCACGCAACUUUGUCUUCGGUUAAUCAAGAGGUUGAAAAUGAAGUCAUCCGUAUGAAAAACGAUACUGGGCGUACGUUAUAUACAGUGUCUCGAAAGAGUUUGCAACGUGGGAAGGACGAGGAUGUUCGAGUCGUUCCUCCACAUGGCAACUUUGAUGUCAACUUUUGUAUAGCGAAAGAAACAAGCCAGGCGAGGCAAAGAGUGGUGGAUACGAAUACUGCGGACGUCCAAGUUGCCCCCCCUCUAGAAUCCCUGACCGCAAAGAUGAUGGUUGAAAUCAUUGAUGUCGAUGAUCCCAUGGAAUCAAUGAGAAACGAUGUAAACCGUUCCUCUGGUGUUCCGGACACGUACUCGAGGAUUUCAUGCGUCCUGAAAUCAAACUCAAGCAUCACUCAUCUACGAUCUUUGGCCAUUUCGAAUAAAAAUUAUUCUUUUAGAAACAAGGUACGCAUGCGAUUAGCUAACAACGGUGAUGAAUCGCGCGUAUCUCUCCCCUUCAACGCUAAAUCGGGCUAUAUUACUAUGGACGUACCUCAUCCGGCUUCGAGAUCGCGCGAUUUUCAGAAUUCUAGCCUGAGAGUGGAUCUAGAGCGACCGUGUUCAACGCACGAUUUUGUAGAGGAUGCCAACGCUCGCUUUUCUGCGGAAGGGUUUGUCGCAUCGAAUCUGGCGCUUUUGGUUGGUGAAGAGAAACCUGUUUGGAUUGAUCUCCACGAUGAAAACGGGAUUCCCACGAAGGUUCGUAUUUUGCUCCGAGCAUCCAUAUUCCACAAUAUUAGUGUGAAGGUUCCGAUACACAUCAAUAGGCAUGGUCGCAUCGACUCAGCGAAGAAUGCAGGAGCAUGCAACAUAAUAUUCAAACGCAUGCUAUCGUCAUCGUCUGCGUUGAGUGCCUUUAGGGAUCACGACGAUAGCGACAGUGACAGAUCAGAUGCAAGUAGCAGCUAUGAAGGAACGGUUGCAGAGUUUGACGACGACGAAUUUGAAGAAUUGAAGAAUUUUACUCAAGAAGAUAACGUAGACUCACGACGUAAUAGAGACCAACAUGAACGUUUGAUUGAAGACUCGGAAAGUGUAUCAGUAACACUAAAGAGUGACAAUUUAUUGUUUUCUGACAAUUACUGCAAUAUCACAAAAACAUACGAGUUCAAGCUUUUGUGGUGGUCGAAAGGCACGGGAGCGAAGUAUGAAUGUUCGGCGUGGAUUCCUGUGGCCAAAAUAGACUCUAGUGAAAGAAGUAUAGAUGGUUCUACUGAAGACGAAAGCAUCGUUGAGAUUCCAUUUGGAUGCAUAGUUGUUCCUGGAUUUAGUGCACCAAAUACAGGCGGAUAUCUUGCACGUAUGGUGAUCGAUGAUCACGUUAAGAAGAAAAUGCCUCGUGCUGGAGCACCGUUCGCGCAUCCUAUUGGAUACGAACUUCUUUGGAAGGAUGAAAAGAAGAGUUCAGUAAGUUUCUGGGCGCCUAUUCCUCCAGAAGGUUACGUCGCGUUAGGGCGUGUCGUUACGGCAGAUAACGGUAAAUCGAAGGAGCAAAAGCAACCCUCGAAAAAGAGCUUUUGUUGCGUGAGAGAAGAUUUUGCGCGAGAGUUGAGUACUAUUGGUCCUGGCGCGAUUUGGAAACCUCAAGGGACUAAGAACACGUACGCUAGCAAAGGCGAUUCAAAAGCACAGGUUCCGACCAUAUAUAAUGCCGGUUCUGUUGCAUCCGGUGGUUGGACCAUUCGUCAUACCUCGAAACGAGCGCCUUCUGGCGAACCGUUAGAAGUUCAAACAAAAGAAGCUACCAAAUUCCAGGCAUUGACGAAGAACUUCGAGUUAAAUUUUCUUUCAGGACGAAUGCGGGUGAAACAUACCGAUAUCUCGCCUAAUUUGAAAAUAUCAAAGCUAUCCACGAAUGAUAUUAGCGCAUUGAAGAACAAAGAAACCGAGGAGGUUGAUCCAGAGGAUACACUUAUUGCCUUUUCGAAGAAUGGGCCGUAUGCGGCGAUAAAAGCUAGCGGUACAGAUUUCUUCGAGCGGAAAGAUCAAGACGUUGGAGAAGACAAAGUUACGGUUGAUCCGAGGUUGGGUGUAUUAAUGUCUCAGGCAACUUUUGUAAACGAAACUUCGGAACGUUUUUCACUGACGCUGGUUAAACUAAAGAAUAAUGCAGGGAAUUCCAAAGUCAACGCACGAAAGCCUGGGUUGCGCAGUCCAAAAGAUCUUACCUCGGCUUCGGAAGAGAAAAACGAUUUGAAUGGUUUUUUUGAAGAAGGAUAUGAUCCAAACGACCCGAUGUAUCGAUACGUGUGGGAAUCUGAGCGCCAUUUUCCACCAUUUGGUUGGAAAUCGCCGCGUGAUAUUCUUGACGCAUGCUUUACUGCUCGGUAUUCGCUCAAUAUUGACGGUUCAAACUCCACAAAUCAUUUCCCCGAAGGUGAAAGUUUGUUACUUCCAGAAGGUUACCAUUGGAUGGGUGAUUGGGAAAUCGACAGGCCCCCUGGAAACUCCACCGUGAGUAACACGGGUGGAUGGGCCUACGAUGCUUAUUGGGUGACAUCGUGGCCACCAAAUGAGUUCAAAAAUGCAAAAAAUUGGAAGCGGAGAUUUGCGAGUACGCGACGCAGACGAUGGAGACGCAAAAUUGCUCCCAUUGAAGAAUAUCAUGAGACGAACGUCUUUCCUAGUAGCUCUUUGAGCGAAGGAGGUGCUUCAAGUGCGAGAGAAAGCGGAGAAAAGCGAGAUGAGUACAACUCGCAAACGAAUAUGUUCUUCACUCCGAAUAUGAACCGCAAAAGAAACACGAAUGAACGCCGAGCAACGAUGGAGGAUACUAAAGCGGGAAAAGGGAGUUCAUGGUCUAUUGAAGUAUCACAAAGUGGUGGAAAUGUGUGCUUUCCAGUAGGUUUCGAGAACACGGAGCAAUGUGCGAUUCGAUUUGUACCCGUAAGUACAGAGAAACAAGGAGUUCAAAACGUAACGCAUUAUGAAAACGAUGAAAUUUGCUCAGAGAGUAUGGAAACGUGUGAUAUUUUGUGUGAAUCGCUCCGCGAACGCUGGGAGUCGGUCAUUGCAAGAGACAAUAACGAUGAACAUAGUGAGCCCGACGUGAUAUGCACAGCUGAUAAUAAAUUCUAUCUCGUAUAUCUUGAGAGACAAAAACGCGGAGACAAGAACAACAAGAGAGCGCUUUCUCGGAAUAUCCAUGUUGUUCUUCGGGUCCCGCUCGUCUUGCGGAACUCGCUCCCUUGCGAGGCAAAGUAUGUCGUCUACUGCGACAAGAGGGCUUCCGUUUAUGGCAUCAUGAAGCCAGGAGAAGAAGUAUUUAUUUCGGAAAGCGUUGAUCCGAGGCAGGAAAUCAGCUGCGCAUACGGUUUGAGAGCGAGUAGUGCUCAAAAGCAAAGCGAACGAUGGAAUAUGAGUGAGCCGAUGCCAAUUACAGCAUUUGCAGAUGGAGUCACCCGUGGUUGUGUGGUAUUGAAAAAUGUAGGCGAAAAGAUAGGUGCGCAAGGGCGCAGAUUAGAAGCAAAACUACUCGUAACUGCGUCGAAAUACUCCGGCGUUUUGAAGAAAGAUGGAAAAGUUGUCUCAAGAGACACUGACAAUAGACCUGUGUCGAGCAUUGCUGACGAUGUCGCGAAAAAUGUGAAACACGCGAUAGGUUACGUCCAAGAGGAAUCCUCACCAUCAAACAUCAGCGCAAUGUUCGUCGAUAUUCGCGCUGAUGUAAUUGUUCAUAACGCUUGUCCUUUCCCGGUAUCAUUAUGCACUGAACCAGAAGAUGAAACAAAUCUCAUACAAAUUUCGAAGAUCGAAGAGGUGGUGGAUACCGCGGUAGGAAAAUUCAUAGUCAAAAAACCAACCGGCGAGUUAUUCGAAGUGAAUCCCGGAAAUAUUAACGUAUCUUUGAGAGCGGAACAGAAGCUGAACGUAGAUGCUGCCGUACGAGCUACAGUGGGAGUCGUGGAUGGAGUGUUAAAGAAUAUUCAGAAAGCAUUUGUUGCUGAAAUUUCCAGUCACGUGCAUACUUUAUUCCUCGCCGAGGACGUAGACGAGCUCGAAAAUGUUGAUGCAAAUAAUCGCGUGCAUUGUAUUGUGCAUAGAGGAGUCAAACCAGGUGAAGCUCCAUGUUUGGUUACUUUGCGGACGAAAUCAUACGGUGAAGUCAGAAUUAAAAUCGUGGCUGAACAUUUUCAUCCUGUUCUAUCGCAAAGUCAGCAUUGGUGGUCUUACGAAAUGAUGAGCCGAACGGUUAGAAUAUCAGUCGUUCCUGAAAUUAUUUUGGUCAAUAUCUCACACAUACCGUUAGCCAUGCACAUAAAGAAUGAUGACGACCUUAAGGAUGAACGGAAAAUGCAUUACGAUAACUCUGCAAUGACCAUUCCGAUUGGAGCGGCGCCGGUGUUACCUGGGUCAAGCUCACCCGAACGUGCACGCUUAAUAUUUCGUGAUGCUUCUGGAACUAGGGACGAAAACACACACUCAUAUGAAUCCUUCUCUGCAGAGAUUCGCAUGGAUCUUUUGCAAGAAUCUGGAGAACAACUUCUUGCGGUCCCUCGAUCUGUGACAAAAGAUGGCGAUUCUAAAGUGUCAUCGUCACUAAUUCGUGUAAGACUGCAAACGGCUCAGAUUGCUGGAUCCACGCAAAUCAUCAUAGGUUCAGCCGCUAAGAGCGAUCGAUCUGCAGAGAGUGGCAUUAGAAUUGAAAAUCACACUCGUGUGCGGGCAGAUUUCUCAAGAAUUUUGCUGAGAGGGGAGUCGAAUGUGCAAAAGCGAUACAAUUUUGCGGAUAAACAAACGGCACCCGCGAUGGCGUCGACGAAGACACCGAAGAAAUUGGGGAAUAUUACGUCUAUGCGCACAAAUAACAGCGUUACUAGAACUGCUUCACCGUCGUUAUAUGAUGAAUCCAACUUUGGAGAAGGUGUGAGGGUCCCUCCGCGCAGUGCUUCACAUUGGCUCGGCCCACGUUUUUUCAAUGGUCGCUCGGAGGGACCCACUGGGAAGAGAAGCCAGAAGUCGUCGGAUGAAUCCUUACUUCCCAAAGUUGGGGAAUCUGUUCGGGUCGUGCGACUCUCGUGCAGCAACGAUGAAAACGUCGAAGAAUCGUAUUUUGAACUUCCGGAGCUUGGUGAUUUUCGCGACGCCAGUAUCGUAAAUUCUAGAACAUCAGGUGGGGGUUCUUCUUCUGGCGGCGGCGAAGAAGAAUUUGGCGCUCUCGGAAGUAUCACUUUGGCAGAAGGAUUCAUAUGCGAUGAUCCGUCUGGAAAGUAUGAGAUUUGUUACCGAUUGUCUUGCAUUUUCUUUGACGGUGCUGAAACUGGCGCAGAAGAGUGCAUAUCUCUUCGAUUAACGGAGUUCAAAGUAGAAAUAGAUCCAGAUGUCCAAGAUCGGAACAGCGAUGGAUCGCCACGUUUUGCAAAGCAACCUACUGUUUUAGACAGAGAAUCUAGAGAUGCUGUUCUUAGUGUAAACGAUGCUGAUGCCGCCGCGGCAAUCAUUAAGGGACACUUCAUGUCAAGGCUCGCCAAUCGUAAUAAACGAAAGGGAAAAGGAAGAAUGAACGAUUUCGAAGCAGAUUUGAAGGCUUUCCAGCGCAUUCAGAAUAUCACAAAAACGUCCCGAGAAAUUCACAUCGGCGCCAUCUUUGAUGGCAUCCAGAUAUCACUCGUAGAUUCACGGCGAGAACUUUGUCUAUUCACGGUAAACGGUAUUGAAGCCUCGUUUGGGAACCAAUGCAAUAAUGGAAGAGGUCUGUACGCUAAAUUUGCCAUCGUCUCUGCGCAACUGGAUAACAUGUUGGAGAACGCGUUGUAUCCAGUCACAAUGUUCAACGAUGCGGCGUCAGGCUGCUUAUUCGCGGCUUCAUUUUCAAUGAGAGAAAGUAGAGAUAUUAAUCGCUUUCCGGAAGUUCGAAUGGUGUGGGCACCGAGUGGUUUAAAUGUUCUCAUUCACGAGCCUUUGUUGUGGGCGUUGAAAGAGUAUGUCGAAGAAAUCGGUAUUGAAAGACUUUUCGCGGAAGACGGCGGAGACGCUUCUGAAAUGUCCUCGUCGAAAGAUUCUAGGAUGAAGAAGGAUGGUGGGAAAAAAGUUACGUUCAAAGCCAAGAAGCAAAAGACUGUAUCGGCAAAUAUUGACCAUCUCAUUUCAGUGGGAACGUUUUCAUCGGACGGAAUACGAGCCUUCGUAACGCUCACGUCUGCACCGUCAUCUCGCCCGAAGAACGCGCCAAUGAUGAUGUGCGCGACGCUCAAUCUUUUACGAUUAGACCGAUUACCUAUUGCGAUUGCUCCUUUCAAUUUACCGACAAAUGCAACGCUCAAACUCUCUGAUUUGAGGAGGAAAAUGAAAUCGCACGUUAUCAAACAGUUUACGAUACAGUCUGGAAGGAUUUUGGCGUCUGUUGAUAACGCAGGUACCGUAUCGGUAGGUUUGCGCAGAGCGCAGGACAAGCUGGCGGAGCUUUCUGGAGAUACGUCGAAAAAUAUUGUCGCUUCUCGAGAAAGGGGUGCGACGACAUCAAUUUCCGCGGGUGUUAAGAACAUUGGUCAAACAUAUGUCGAUGGUACCGUAAACCUCGUCGGUGGUGCAUUAUCCGGAGUUGCUGGAGUGUUUUACAAACCAGUCCAAGGGUUUCGCCAAGAAGGUUUGCGAGGAGCGGCGCUUGGCGGCAUCAAAGGUAUUACUGGUCUCGUGACUUCAACGUUAGGAGGUGCGGUCGGUUUAGUCGAAACGGCAUUCAGUGGACUUUCUCAAGCUAUGUCGGUAGGUGGUAUACUUUCGAAAUCUACGGGAUCUCUGGAAGCUACUCGAGCUCGAAAACCUCUCGCUUUGCGUGGCGAUGGCAUCGUUCGAACGUACGACGAAGAGCAAUCAGCAGGUGCUGAUUUGCUGAGAGUUGCCGCAAAAAAGAUUGCGUACGUCGAAGAAAUACAAGCGAGUAAAGUUGACCAAGAUACGAUGAAGAAGAAAGGGACGAGAAAGGAGAGGAAGACUAUGAAAAAUGCAAACAAGAAGACUAAAAAGUCGUUCACCACGGUGACUGCUGUAAACGAGAGAACGCAGUUUACGUUCGGCCGGUUUGAACUUUUUUAUCCCCUCGCGCAUGUUUCAGAUGCCAUCGUAUGUCUAACCGACACGCACUUGGUUUGGAUCGAGCGUUACGAAACAGAUCCAACAGCAACCCGCUUUCUCCGAUGGCACGAAGUCGCCUCUAUUUACAUCUCUUCUUCUCUGGACAAAAAGACUGUCUGCGUCCAAGUCGGCGUAUGCGAUUCUCUCCGCGAAGAAAAUAAAGUCACGACGCCCGACUUUGGAUUCACCUCUUCCUUGUUAACCGUCGUAAAAGAAGGAGCGAAAAGCAAAAAUAAAAGCAUAACAUUUGUGAACCACAACGAUUUUCGUAGCUCAACCGUUUUGUGCCCGUUUCAAUCCUCCGAGGAUGCGAAUCGAAUUUUAGCGCAGAUGCGUGCGCUGUGGGAACAAGCCGUCACCGAUAGAAGACAACGAUUUGGCUUUCAAGCCUCGCCGCUUCUUCAGAACUAA